GGUCCCUGCCAUUGAAGAUGAACACACGCCAUGGAAGAUGAUCAAACUGCUGAAGUUCAUCUCUUUGUGCUUCGUAGCCAUAACCGUGUUUGGAUUGGCCUUCUGCAGCAAGGCUUCAUUCCUCCUCCUCAUCACCUUGUCCAACGAGGGCACGAAAACCCUCCCCGAUGACAUGAGGCCCGUCGCGCUGCUUUGUAUCGGCUGCAUCAUCAUAAGUUCCAGCGUCUUGAUAUUUUUAAAAAGCCUCUGGAAGGCGUGCUACAAAACAUCAAAGCUGCCGAGGCCGACGACGAUUGCCAUGGUUCUGUUCUUUGAGUUCCUGGUGUCUAUGGGCUCGGCGAUUCUAACCAUCAUCGCGAUGCCGCACCUGGACAUCGUGACCAACAUAACGAUCCUGAGCAGCGUGGCCAUCGUCUCGGCGCUCCUCCAGGUGAUCACGCAGUGCACCGCCAAGCAGACCAACCGCUUCCUGGCGCCCUCCAUCACCGCCUUGAUCCUCAUCUUGCUCGGUUACGGCCUGUUCGUCUACCUGUACAUCACGAAGGAUCUCAAUGACACCAAGACCAUCAUUUGGGUGGGACUGGCUGUCGGUGGGUCUAUCUUGAUGUCUUUGAACUGGUGGGAGAACUACUUCAGGCUGAUCAGCCAGAACAGCAGCUCCGUCUUCCUCAGCCUGCUGAUGAUAGACGUGAAAAAGUGCCAGAACAUGCUGAACAUCAUGUCCAGCCUGCUCCGGAUCGCGGUGACCGCCACCGUGCUCGGAGCCUACGUACAUCUGGACGGAAUGGACUGGAAAAUCGUGACCUCCAUCCCAACCCGCGAGACAAGAAUUAUAGCCAUCAUCAUCGGGGUCCAGCUAGUCUCCUCCUCACUCUGCCACUGGUUUUCAUUGGUGGCCUGCAAGAUGCACGCCCUGCGCCGGUGCUUCAUCCUGCCUUUGUACUUCGCCUCUCUGGCCAUCAUGGUUUUCUUCGUCGUCCCCGUCAUCGUUUACUAUCAAGACUACAAAACGAGCCUGAACGGGACCUCGAUCGACUUCGCAGGCUACUGCAGCCAAGUCGUCGACACAAGAAACCAAAGCCUGAACGGCAGCGUGUUCCCGGGCCUGGUUCUGGAUGUUACACACACUCUGUGCUUCCUGGACAUGUCCGAUAUAGCCGACAUCGGCAUACUGACAGGGUUAUCCGUCUCCUGGUGGCUCGGUCUUGUGUUGACCACCCUCCAUCUGUGGUACCUCACCGUGCAUCGUAUCCAGAGGACCCAAGACCUGUUUGUAAGGAGGCUGUACGAGGGACCCUUUAUUGAGCAGUCCCUCCUCCUCAACACCCGAUUCGACAUCCAGACGAGACACAGGAAGAAAAUCAAUACAUUUGAGACAUCGAUGUUGUAUCUAUGCGCGACCAUGUGGCAUGAAACCUACGACGAGAUGAUGAACAUCAUUAUCUCCAUAUUCAGACUGGACAAGUACAGACCAAAGACAGAACCAACGCACACAGAUUUCACCUUUGAAACGCACAUCUACUUUGACGACGCCUUCAUACAUGUCGAAGGGAGUGAAGGCCAUCACCUCAACACAUAUGGAGAGGACCUUUUGGAAAUCCUAGCAGAAGUUUAUGGCAUCUUCACGAACAUCGACGAAAAGUACUUCGUAAAGAAGCAGCACAUCCCCGAUCAGAAGAUCAUCCGGACGCCGUACGGAGGUCGCCUGGUGAUCACCAUGCCCCACGGGAACGUCAUCAUAGUUCACUUCAAGGACAAGACGCUCAUCCGUCACAAGAAGAGAUGGUCUCAGGUCAUGUACCUUUACUAUCUUCUUGGCUGGAAACUCAUGGGCAAACAUUACGCACGCUGGGCGAAGGGAGCGGACGAGGCUGAGCUGAAAGCGGCAGUUCAAAAAGAGAAGCACAACACCUACAUCCUGGCUUUGGACGGCGACACCGACUUCCAACCCGCUUCCGUCAUGCUGCUCAUCGAUCGGUUGAAAAUGUACCCUCAUGUCGGGGCGGCGUGCGGCAGGAUUCACCCGACCGGAGCAGGUCCCGCGGUAUGGUUCCAGAAGUUUGAAUACGCCGUCAGCCAUUGGCUGCAGAAGACAGCGGAGCACGUGAUUGGCUGCGUGCUCUGCAGCCCCGGCUGCUUCAGUCUGUUCAGAGCGGAGGCGCUGAUGGACGACAACGUGAUGAAGAAAUACUCCACCAAGUCCACGGAGGCGAGCCACUACAUCCAGUACGACCAAGGCGAGGACCGCUGGCUGUGCACUCUGCUGCUGAAGCAGGGAUGGAGGGUGGAGUACAACGCGGCAUCUGAUGCCUACACCAGCGCACCAGAGGACUUCAAAGAACUCUACAACCAGCGUCGUCGAUGGGGUCCGUCCACAAUGGCCAACGUGGUGGAUCUGCUCGGCUCCACCAGCAUCGUGUCCAAGAGGAACCCGUCCAUGUCCAAGCCGUUCAUGUUCUACCAGCUCUUCGGCAUCAUCUCGGCGGUUCUGGCCCCUGCCACAAUCUGCCUGUUGAUUGCAGGUAGUUUGACCUUCAUCGUGACACUCGACAACAACAGUGCCCUGGUCCUGUCUGUGAUACCUCCGGCCAUCUACCUUGUGAUUUGCUUCAAUGUCAAAUCGAACACUCAGAUCCAGAUUGCAGCGUUCAUGAGUGUCAUAUAUGCGUUCCUCAUGCUGGUGGUGUCCAUGACUAUCAUCGGCGCGAUGAUGAAGGACCGAACCAUCCUGACACCCAGCAGCAUCUUCGUCAUCGCGAUGGCCACGAUUUACAUCAUCACCGCGAUAAUGCAUCCCCAGGAAUCCCAUCUGGUGUUCCACGGCUUUCUCUACAUCCUCUGCAUCCCGAGUGCCUACCUCCUGCUCACCAUCUACUCCAUGGUCAACAUGAACAACGUGUCCUGGGGCACACGGGAGACCAAACCCGCCGGCGGAGCUGCGACGCCAGAACCUGCCGCCAAGGAGACGAAAACCCAGCAAGCCAAAAGCUCCUUCCAAAGGUUCUUCGCGUGGUGCAAAUGCUGUAAAAACAGCAACUACAGAGCGGGAACCAUGCAAGCGUCUGUCAACCAGGACAACCUGAUCAUAGAGGUGGAGCAGCCUGAACGCCAGCCCCAAAACAGCAUCGUGGACAAUAGUCCCCAAGACGAAGCGCCGCAAGCAGAGCCGGUUUUACCCCACCCUAGCCAAUGUUUCGUCACACAACUGCAGAGCAAGUCCACUGAUAUGCAGCUGGUGGAGGAAUCGCUCGACGAGGAGGAGAAUAAGUUCUUCAUAGAUCUUCAGAAGAAGUACUUGGAGCCUCUGAAGGACGACAAGGAGAGACAGAAAAAGAUCACCAAUGAGCUGCGAGAGCUGAGGAACAAGGUCAACUUUGCCUUCUUCAUCACGAAUUGCAUCUGGCUGGUGGCGACGUUCACCCUGCAGCUCUUCGACGCCUCCUUCUCCAUAAGGGUGCCCAAGCUCGACGUCAACCUCCAGGACACCGGAGAAGACGUUCAAAUCGAUCCCAUCGGCUUCAUGUUCAUCCUGGGAUUCGCGACUUCGGUCACCAUCCAGUUCCUCACGAUGUUCUACCACAGGAUCAACACUCUGAUCCAUUACGUGGCCUUUUUGGACACGGAGGGCACAGACUAUAAGAUUCAACCCGUUGAAACCUACAAGCCACCCAAAAAGGUUUCCAAGAAGAUGUCCGAAUUCGACUCCAUCUCCGAUACCAAGUCCAACUUCAGCGUCGCCACGACCGCCGACGAAGACUUCGACGACGAAUCCGACUUCGAGGAGGAGAGCGAUGACGAGUUCUACGAAGACAUCCCGGGGACUUCGCUGUAAAAACGCGGAUCCCCUGGCACUGUUUCUGUCAGCACUUUAAAUCAAACGUCUCCAUUAUGUAUAUAUAAUUUAUUCACGACACUACGCACUGUUUUCGUUCUCGUUGAAAUAGUAGAGAGAGAACAAAUUAGAAAAUGUCACAUUAUUGACGAUAUAAAUGAAGGAACUGUUUUUUAAAAAUAAACUGUACAUCUUAGUGUUCUUUGAGUUUGCCGCCUCGGUGUUUAAAACACUGUAAUGUGAAGUGCAAUGAACGAGAUUUAGACGCAGCGGCCAUGACGUUCUUUUAAAUGGUCGAAGAAAAAAAAAAAAGGGAUCAAAGAGAUGUCCUGAAAGAUUGUCACAAAACGGUGUGAUGUGUAUAUUAUUUUUGUCAUCGUCUUAAUCGAGUACGCCGACACAUUUACAUGCAAACUGUAUGUUUUACACCUUUAAUAGUUUUUACUUAACAUAUUCUUUAGGGGGGGGGGGGGGUGUUGCACGACUACUUUGCUGUAUUAUUAUUGUUGUUGUUGAUGUAGUAAAACUCCUCUCCAGGUUAUCUGACGUGAGUGUCAGAGGAGGCACGUGAUGAAAAUAGUUUUUGUUGACUUUUAAUUUAUUGUUGAAUGAAGGAGAAAGAAGUAUCUGUGAUUUGUGCCGUGUGAUUCGACCUCUCGUUUCCUAAUAAAAGCGCACAGUGACCACAUUUAAAAAACA